AUAUUUAAUAUCAUUCGCAAAUAAUUUAAAAAUCAAUAAAACGACCGUUGUAAUUCAUAGGAAUGUAAAAUAUUUUUGGCAAAUUUUAUACAAUAAGACAAAGUUGUAGUAAAGCUAAAAGAUAUCUAUUGUAUUUCAAACUUUUCAUACAACUGGCUUCAUGGUGGCGCUAGUGAGGUUAGCGUUUCAGACAAAUUUGGCGGUAAAGCCGGUAUAACCGAGUGAUAGCUGAACAUAAAUUAUUUCAUUAAAUUUCGCAUAUAUCUGAGUUAGAAAUGGUUCAUAAAACUAAAAAUGAAUGUAAUGAUUUAUUUGUGAUGCCGGGGAAAGAGAAGCCAGAAGUAUUUGAAAGGGAACAAGCUGAUUAUAAAGAUCUUUCGAAAAAGUUUGUAAACACGAAAAAUGACUAUUCUAAACAAUAUGCGCACAUAUACUCUGCUAGACUUGCAGAAUUAAGGAAUGUUCUAACUCCGCGUGUUAAAGCUAAAUGGGGGAAUGUUCCGAUUGUCAAAUUGGCCGAUUUAGAAAAUUUAGAAAACCAACAAUGCAUAAUAAUUGGCACAUUGUAUAAACACCAGCAAUGGAAACCAUCAAUUUUAAGGGAACUUAGUGAAGAACAUCAGUUUAGUGUUUCCUGCUCUAAACCAAAUUACUGCUCAGAGAAAGAUCAACCUUUCCUGGAAGAUGAAAUGUUGCGAAUUAAAUUAGUAGGCGAGCAAGUUGAUUUAAAGCAAAUUGUUACCGGAGUUGUUUGUGCUGUGUUAGGCAAUGAAAAUAGUGAUGGCGCAUUUAUGGUAAAGGAUUGGUGUUUUCCUGGAUGUGCACCAAAAGAAUCUCUAAAUGAAUGCAUAUCACAAAAGAAGCUGGUGAUAGUAUCUGGAUUAAAUUUAUCUAAUAAUUGUGACAGUUUAGGGAUGUCCCUUUUUAUGGAAUGGUUGUGUGGAAUGGCUGGUAAUGUAACAAUACAAAAGGAUAAUACCUCUAUUGUUCGACUCAUUAUAGCAGGUAAUACCAUAAAAAGUAAUGAUACAUCACAGGCUGCAACAGACAUAGCUAAAGGACUUGGGGAAGCAAUAAAAUCUGUAGAUACAUUCUUAAGUAAUUUAGCAACAUGUUGUUCUAUUACUUUAAUGCCAGGAGAACAUGAUCCCACUAAUGCUAUGUUGCCUCAAAGACCAUUUCAUCCUUGUUUACUACCUAAAUCAUCUAGACUUGAAAGCUUUAAAAGUACCACAAAUCCGUGGAUUGGCAAAAUUGAAGGACGAAUAAUAACUGGUACUAGUGGUCAAUCAAUUCAAGAUAUCAUUAAAGUAGCAGGUGAAACUGGUAUUUCAGCUCUUGAAUGGCUAGAAAAGACCUUAUUAUGGAGACAUGUGUGUCCAACUGCUCCAGACACACUAUUAGCUUGCCCAUACUACAAGAAAGAUUUGUUUAUUAUGGAAACAUGUCCAGAUAUAUAUUUCGUGGGAAAUACAGACAAAUUUGAAACGAAAUUGUGGAAAGGUGAUGAAAAUCAAAUUGUUAGAUUAAUAUCUGUUCCGCGUUUUGAUACGAGUCAGACUGCUGUAAUAGUAAAUUUAGAGAAUUUAGAUACCCAAUAUAUUUCCUUUAGUAAUAUUUAAAUGAAUCUAAGUCUUUCAACUGUAAGGAUAUUAAGAAUAUUAACUGUGUAUAUUUUAAUUCUGAUUCAGUAUAAAUUUUAUAUGAACAUUAAUGUAAGAUUUUUCAAAUAAAAUUCAAAUAUUAUUAAAAAAUAACAAG